UCGAGGCUUGUGGGCGAAACGCUUUGAUGAAUCAUUUAAGGGCUGCUGGUCCGAGGCUCACGCUGCCAUCAGCGGCCGUUCGCUGCGCCCGACGCCGCUGGACGGGCUCGUCCGGCGGACCGCCGAACCGCGACACACGCUGACUCUGGACCCGAGCGGGCAAACCGGACGGGGGUUGGUGUCCCCCCCCCUACCUCGGUACUCGCCGGGGCUGUUUCGUACGCGGAGCCUACAAAGUCAUGUUGAGUCGGCGGGGGAGGAGAGACGGAGCUCACAGUGCUUAGACGCCCGAUCUCGUGUCACCACGUUUUCGGGAUUAUUCGCAACGAGGCUGUUGUCAUUCCCACGAAAAUACCCCGCUUCCCCCCUCGACCGCCGCGGUUAAGUUUGUUUUUUCUAUUAGACGGAAUGACCAAGACGCCCCCUACAAACGCGCCUUACGCGGCAGAAUUGAUGUGAUGCUUGAUACACGUUUUACCUCUGAAACAGCCCGACCGUCGACACGUCGCUUUGAUAGACUACCUCGUUCCUGGAUCGGUUCAGUGUUAUAUUUUUUUUGGGGGGGGGGGAGAGGAAACGCCUCCAUGAGCACUGUUUUCAUGAUUGAACUGACUUUAUGUCCCAUGCAUCUACCUCAAACGCAAGAUUUUCUCCAGAACACAACAAACCGACGUGUCCCAAAUGAAUACCUCACCCCGUCUGUGAAUUGAGCCCGGUUUUCGGUAGAGCUCUGCAGAUGGCUUCGUUUCCAGACUCGGACCUGCAGACGUGCCCGCUCUGCAAAGAGCUCUGCGGCUCCUCCGCUCCCAUUUCCUCCAACUCCUCUACCUCGUCAUCUUCCUCUCACACCUCGUCCUCCUCCAGUCAGACCUCCAGGAGGCUUCACGUUCUACCCUGCCUUCACGCCUUCUGCAGGCAGUGCCUAGAAAGCCAGCGCAGCCCCGGAGAGCCGCUCAAACUGCGCUGCCCCACCUGCGACCAAAAGGUGUCCAUCACUGAGGCUGGGGUGGAGUCUCUGCCCUCGUCCAACUUUCUCUUCAGCAACCUGCUGGACGUUGUGGUGAGCUCGGAAGAGCAGAUCCAGAGCAAAAAUGGCCACCACCACCGUGUGGGCGGCGGCUCUGGCUUCCACCACCCCCACGGGGGCCUCCUGCGGCCACAUCACCUCGGAGAGCCUCAGUGCAGCUCCUGCGAUGAGGAGAACCCAGCCAGCUCCCACUGCCUGGACUGCCAGGAGUACCUGUGCGAUAACUGUGUGCGGGCCCAUCAGCGGGUGCGGCUGACCAAGGACCACUUCAUAGAACGUUUGGGGGAGAGCCUUCACCUGGGGGGCCGGUCCAACGCCAACAGCAGCACCAGCCAGCCGGGGGUUGCUGUUUCCCUGGCCCAGUCGCUCCAGAACAAUUUUGCCUUGCUCUCCCUCUUCCAGGACCGCAUGAGCUUCUGCCAGCAUCACGACAACGAGGUGUUCCUGUUCUUCUGUGAGACCUGCUCGGUGCCCAUCUGCAGGGAGUGCAGCGUGGGCCGUCACAUGGGCCACAGCUUUGUCUACCUGCAGGAUGCUGUCCAGGACUCCAGAGCCGUCACAAUCCAGCUGCUGGCCGACGCACAGCAGGGACGACAGGCCGUGCAACUGAGCAUGGAGAAGGCCCAGGCUAUGGCGGAGCAGGUGGAGAUCAAAGCGAAGGUGGUGCAGACCGAAGUGAAAGCCAUUGUCCUCAGACACAAAAAGGCCCUGGAGGAGAGGGAGUGUGAGCUACUGUGGAAGGUGGAGAAGAUCCGUCAGGUGAAGGCCAAGUCUCUGUACCUGCAGGUGGAGAAGCUCCACCAGAGCCUCACCAAGCUGGACAGCACCAUUGCCACCGUCAGCCAGGUGCUUGACGAAGGCCGUCAUCUUGACGUGCUGCUGGCCCGUGAGCGCAUGCUCACCCAAAUCCACGAGCUCAAGUCCCUCCGGGGCCUCCUUCAGCCGCAGGAGGACGACCGCUUCAUGUUUACGCCCCCAGACCAGGCCCUGUACAUAGCCAUUCAGUCCAUGGGUCUGAUCAGCAGCGGAGCCUUUGCCCCUGUCACCAAAGCUCAUGGCGAAGGUCUGAAAACCGCACUCCGGGGCAAACCUGCCUCCUUCACUGUGAUUGGGUAUGACCACGACGGAGAGCCACGCCUUUCUGGUGGAGACGCGGUGUCGGCCAUCUUCAUGUCUGGUUCCGACGGUAACCUGUCUGUGGCCGAGGUGACGGACCAUCAGAAUGGCUCGUACACUGUCAGCUACCUGCCCAAGAGCGAAGGGGAGCAUCUGGUGUCGGUCCUGGUGUGUAACCAGCACAUCCAGGGCAGCCCAUUUAAGGUGAUGGUGAAGUCGGGACGGAGCUAUGGAGGGCUUGGGUCACAGGUGUCGGCCUUUGGCUGCGAGGGCGAGGGAGAUGGACAGCUGUGUCGCCCGUGGGGCAUCAGCGUGGACAAGGAGGGAUACGUGGUGGUGGCUGAUCGCAGCAACAACCGUAUACAGAUCUUCAAGCCCUGUGGUGCCUUCCACCAUAAAUUCGGCUCUCUGGGUUCUCGGCCUGGUCAGUUUGAUCGUCCAGCUGGGGUCGCAUGUGACAGUCAGAGACGCAUCAUCGUGGCUGACAAGGACAAUCACCGAGUGCAGGUGUUUACGUUUGAGGGCCAGUUCCUGCUUAAGUUUGGAGAGAAGGGCACCAAGAAUGGGCAGUUUAACUAUCCCUGGGAUGUGGCCGUCAACUCUGAGGGUAAGAUCCUGGUCUCGGACACCAGGAACCACCGCGUGCAGCUCUUCGCACCCGACGGCUCUUUUCUCAACAAGUAUGGCUUCGAGGGGGCUCUGUGGAAACACUUUGAUUCCCCUCGGGGAGUGGCCUUCAACCAUGAGGACCACCUGGUGGUGACCGACUUCAACAACCACCGGCUUCUGGUCAUCCGACCCGACUGCCAGUCAGCUCGCUUCCUGGGCUCUGAGGGCACCGGAAAUGGCCAGUUCCUCCGGCCCCAGGGGGUGGCUGUGGACCAGGAGAACCGCAUCAUCGUGGCAGACUCCCGCAACCACCGAGUCCAAGUGUUUGAGCCCAACGGGAAUUUCUUAUGCAAGUUUGGCACACAGGGGAGCGGCUUUGGACAGAUGGACCGCCCCUCCGGCGUGGCCGUGACACCCGACGGGGUCAUUGUGGUUGUCGACUUUGGAAAUAACCGCAUCCUCAAGUUCUAAAGAGUUGUCUUUCUCUCUGCUGUGACAUUCUCAUGCUCCAUUUACCCAUCCUCGUCUUAGUGAAGGAAAUGGAGGAGAGGGAAUGAAUCAGCAGACACGACGAGAGGAGAGCUUAAAGGGAGGAUUCAGAGCAGACUGAAAUGACAGUAGGGAUGAAACUGUGCAUUAUUUUUCUCUUUCAUGUCAAUAUUCUGUUAAUCAGAUAUCUGUGGUAUAUAAAUCUCUAUAAAUCGAUAAUCGGUUGACAGAGACAUUUCGCUUCCCCCAGUCUAAACUGCUCUUAACUCUCUCUAUAAGCUCUCCUCGAGUGGCCAUCUCAGGGAAUUUCUUACUUUUCUUGAAAUCUUGUACCCUCUGCUCCCCACCUACCUCAUUUAGCUCUUUAUGAAUGUACUCAUAGUCACUGAGCAGAGGAUUAGUCCGUGAAGUUUUACAAAGAAGAAAGGAAAACGUCUACCUCAAUACUUUAUUUAAGAGAGACAGAAAAAAAAAAGAAUAGACUCUUCAGUUGAUAUUUGCACAGGAUUAAUGAAUUCUUGCUGUGCAGUUGGAAUAUGAGUUAAAUGAACCUCCUGAAUGUUGUUGCUGAGACAAUACUCAGACCGCUGUAGAGGCUGCAUGAUUCACUCUGAUUAGAAGGCUAAACUGGAGAGGAAGCUGGUGUUCAGUGGUGUCCUUUCACAUAUUUUUUAGAUGAUCUCUUCUUGCUCACGCAUGGACCCCCGUCUCCUUGCGGCUCUUUGGAGGAGGUGUGUAGUGUCAUGGUAGCCCAAGAAGAGUGCUUGAAAGUGAUGCCAAACUUGAUAGAAUCGGAAUUAGCUCAGGUCAACGGUAGGAGAGUCCUAGAUUAAAAUGAUUGUUAGUUUUCACAAUCUUAACUCUAGUUUUACUGGCGAAAUGGUCACAGCGGAUGCUGACUUGGCCAGUCCCUUAACAAUAGAAAUUUACAAGAUAAGUGAGGUAAUCCCCAAAAUGAUCCCUGAAAUCCCCAUUGUUCCCAAAGUAUCCAAUUAUUGAUCCACCCCCCCCCCACCCCACCCCCAAUCCUCAUUCCUGCCGUGCUGAGGCAGCUUGAAUUCCUACAAAUUUUAUUGAUCUUUAAAAAAGUAAAACCAGCUGGGCCAUUACUGUCCAGUCUGCUAUGUUAACAGCAAAGACACAAGGAUCAAUAUGCAAGGACAGCUUUGUCCCCUCCAAAAUGGAGGACCCACCAAAGGAUUUUUGAGAUAACUUUUCCAAGAUGUGGUUCUCAUUAGUGAACCUGAAUUGGAGAUUUAAUCACGUGUGAAUGACAUCUUUGUUGAUGAGGCGUACUACGUAACAAAAGCCUCAGUAGUAGACAUCUAAUUGACUGUUCAGAGGACAUGAUUGACAUCAAUAAAGGCCAGCUUGAACUGUGUUUUGGAUUCAGAAUGUGGUUGAAAGCCACUCCACUUGGCUCUUGGGGCCCAAGAUUUAAUCAGAUCCUUUGUGAGGGGCAUCACCACAAAGCCCUGUCCUAUUUAUUGAUGCAUAGAGUUCAGGAAAGAUCUCCGAAUGGAGUGCUAGUAGGCCAAUCCUCUAAAGAUGGAAGUCUAAAGACCAGCUAGUGGAGUCCACCAAAGGUAGAAUUUCUGCACAAUGGCCAACGUGUUAUGUUUUGGCAUUUAAAAAAAAUAAUUUAAAUCCCCUUAUUAAAUACAUUUUGUUGAAUAAUCAUAGAUGUUGGGAAAUGUAAAGCUCACCAAAACUCAUGGAGUUCACAGCACUGUCACUGCUGGGCUUAAAACUAGGAGAAGAAAGAUGAAGCCUGCAUUAUGGAUGUGCCCGUAUCCCUUCACAUCUCUUAAGGACAAGGUUUCCUAGCCAUGGGUGGCUGGUUUAGUUUUAUGUGGCUUUUAAGAAAGACCCCUUUGUCUUGCAUCUGCAGAGAUUUUUUUUUUUUUUUUUUUGUGAAGAGAAGAGACACAAUCUCAAAGCACCAAAGAGAAGCCCCCACCCCCGGCCAUUAUUCACCUCAACCCUUCACAUGCUCCCCUCGUCCAAUCCCCCUAUGCUUAUCGAUACUCUACGGCCCAUAGGACCGAAAUACCAUCUCGAAAUUGGCAUCGUCACCCAAAAUUGAAUUGCCAUGGAAAGCUGAUAGAUACUAACCCUAUCCUUAUACCUUUUAUGGUGCACGCAUUGUGGGGGUUGUGAAUCCCUUCACCCCUUGUUAGAGAAGUGUCCCACUGGAAGCACUAGACAAUUAAGGUUCUGCUAGCCACUUCCUUAGUAUAGCACAGAACCAUGGGACCUAUUAUAUGACCCACUGACUAACUCUCACCUAAGAGGGGAGGGCUAGUCUGCACAUUAUCAGGAUUUACUUCCUCAUAUGUCGAAUAUUCUUUGCCUCGAUGGUCAUGUUAUCUCAUUUCUCUAAUACCUCAACUCUCAAAUACCUCAAGUAUGUCAUCCAUACAUAUAUAUGUGUAUGUAUAUGUAUGUAUGUAUGUAUAUACACCUACUGUGCGUUUGAAACUUCAAAUACCUCAACUUGUAAUGUUCAUAUACCUUGUUCUGUGUAUCUCAAUUUUUCUGUAUCCCUUUUCUCUUAUUUAAGCAUACCUCGCCAGAUAUUUAUAAGUUACAGAAUAUACCUCAUUCUUUGAAUCUUCCUGCGUCGGGCAGUUGGUGUCCCAUAUCUGUCGGACCAAAGAGCUCAAUCACCUUGGUUCUGUGUCUAGUUGAAAUAACAGCAGACGCGUCAUGGUCCUCUCUCCACCCUGCAUCCCUGACCGGGUUAUAUUGUGGUCAGUCAUCUGUAUAAAUUGCCUCGUAAACUUUGCCUUUUUUUUUUUUCUAAAUCAUUUUAGAAACCAAAUGUUGCAGGUGUACGCAUUGUGCCAAAAAGAAAGAGAAAUCUCUGGUUCUUUGCCAAACAGGGUUGGCACAUGGACCAUGCUGUACUAGACGACAAGUGUCAUUGGACCAUUAUAUCAUAGAUAUGUGUUGAAGAAAUCAGCGUCUGGGGAUAAAUCCUUUUGUCUCUUGAUUGGUUGCAUCUAAGAAGGGCUGAGCCCCGUUGUUCUUUACCUCAUGGCAACGAAAAGAAGAUUCCACUUGUACUUUUGUUACUGUGUUUGGAGGGGGUGUGGGGAAGGAGAGGAAGCGCGGCCUCUUUUUUUUGUUUUGUUAAGAGUUUAAAAACUUCACCCGGCUGCUUUCAUUCGCACAAGUUUUUCGAAAAGUUCCCCACGUUGCAGCACAAUGUACCGUUACUUCACCGCAGGACGCGUGUAUUUUGGAGAUGCACGGUUGCAGGCGCGUUUUGUUUUUUUGUUUUUUUUCCCGUGACAGUGCAAGGCGUGGUUUGUGCAAACAUGUCGAGCUCUUAACAUCACGAGCAUGAAGAUAAGCCUGUCUUUGUGUUGAUGUGUGUUAAGCGGAGACGGUUAGCACAUUGAAGGCAGUUUGAGUCCACAGACGCUGCUGCUUUGAGCCCAACAUCUAGCUUCACCAACGGGAUUGUUUUUUUCCUCAGUAUUACUCUUAAGAAAUGUUCAGUCAGGUCUGCAUCGGUCUUUUUUUGAAAUUAAGAUUGCAGAAUUCUAUCUUUAAGAUCCCUAGGUCUUCACUCUUAAAGAGGAAAAACUGUAUUUUAAUUUUUUUUUUCAUUUGUUGCAUGCUUUAAAAAGUCCUUGUAUAAUAACGUCUCUCAGAUAGGUGUUGAAAACUCGACGGGGCGGGUAGCUGAAUCUUGGGAUGGUUUCGUCGAAAUAUAUACCCAAAGAUGUGUAUGUGUGUUAGGAUUACAUUGGGUGGAAAUAACUUUUUUUUUCUUCUUUUUUUUUUUUUACCUCUGCGAUUACAGUUUGUGUUUUUUGUAGAGACUCUGCACGGCACAAACCCUGUUGAAGCCAGCGAUGCCUUAGAAUUCCUGAAUUGGGAUGUAGGCCGAGUUUCCACACCCAAAACGCUGGUUAUGCCCCCCCCCGCCCAUUAGUGCUUAAUUUCUUUUACCCUCCUCUAAUAUGCGUACUGUGGAUGGACGUAUUAACAUUUACUGUCCCACCGUACAACAAGACCUCGCCUCUCUGAAGGAAGCUGAAAGAGCGCCGCUUCCUGUUCUCAAUCACUCAGCAUAGAGUUCCUCUCCAACGAGGAAAUGAUCCCAGUGUCCGUAAGGCGGCCAUUUUGUGUUUGACCUAGUUAUGGGAACCUCUCUCACUGUCAUGCGAGAAGACGCUAGGUUGCCCCUGCAACGACUCAGUAACUCAGCCUGCCCUCCCCCAGUCUCCCCCGUCUCAUAAGCAUACAGGAAGUGUAGUGAUGGCUGCUAAGCAUUGGGGUUGGUUGGCUGCACCCCUGUUGUGUGUAUGUCUGUGUUGUGUGUGUGUGUGUAUGUUUGUGUUGUGUGUGUGUUGGGGGGAGGGGUUUAUUGGGGCCUCUGUGGUUUUGUCCACCAUUUUAUUUCUGGCCUCUCAUGGCUUAAAGAGGAAAAAAAGCAAAACUGCACCUGGUGACGUGUACAAGGUCGUAGACCUCUUUUAAUGAUUGUCUUCUCUUUAAAGAAAACAGUUGGAAAAUUUAGAAAGGAAAAUAAACUCAGGUAGUUCUCAGUGGCCCUGCCCUGCAGGUGUCUCAGUGAAAUGUGUCCCGUAGUGAUAUUGUAGUAAUUUUUUUUUCCUGUUAUGACCUCUCAGUACUAGUAUGAUUCUUUUCUGUGUCCAUUUAUAUAUUAUAAAACAAUUUCCCAAUCUAAAAAAAAAUUAUGCUUUUGAUUAAUUUCCCCAGAUUACUUUUUUUUGCUUACUAUUUGUUUUUCCAAACACAAUAGUACAAAUACUCCAUGAGACUUGAUGCCCGUUGGCCCUUUUAGAAUGUAUUUUUUUUGAAGAAAAGGGUUGAUUGGAGUCUUGUUAAUUUUCGCUCACUACAACCGACUGCCCAUAUCAAUGGGAGGCAGAACAGAGACCACUCAUCAGAAAUGCAAUUUGUCUCAUUGUCGCCAGUGCUACACAUUUGACACCAGUCGUACUAAGCCCGUUGGGUUGAAACAGAUGGUUCUGGGACAUUUAGCACCUUCUUCAUGUCGCAGCUUAGUCAUUGUAAAGGAUGUCGUGGGCCGGGGAUGAACGGCCUCAUUCAUCCCAUCUGAUACCUUGUUCUGUUCUGCCCUCUGUUCUUCCAGCAGUAGGUUGUGUUGAGUGUGCCUGUGUUUGUGCGCUGCAUCUGUGAUGUCGUUGAGCAGAAAUCCACUGAAUGUAUCCUCACAGUCCAAGACGCAGGGCGAGCCAGUUCGGCCAGCCGAGUUUAGACGGAUGCUGCUGGCGCUUUCACUGGUCUGUUCCAUGGUGUGUGCGUGCAUGUGUGUGUGCACGUGUGUGCGUGGGCUGUAACAAAGUGUGUAUUUUCCCCACCGCAUCUUCCAUUGCCUCUGUACACACACGUGGACACGCACAUCGUGCUCAGUGGAAGCGCAGAUGUCAGGUCUUCAGUCUAAAUAAGGCAAAGGAGACUAUUAUAUAUUGGCCAUCUGCUGCUCCCCCUGUCUUCUUUGGACUUUAAACAUUUCCUAUGCAGUUUUUUUUUUGUUUACACUUAAAUAAACUUGUA